UUGCCAUCCCGCACAUUUGUUGUCGUUGUAAAGCCCGUGGAAGCCAGUUAAUUGUGCAGUGAAAAAUGUAAUACUAAUGAGUGUCGAGUGCCAGUGAUCUAUUUCACUAAUAAGGUGUGUACGAAUGCCAAAAUAUUCGCUUUUCGCUGGAUUACAUAGCUUUACGAGUGUGCGUGCGUGCGGGUGUGUGUGUGUGUGACCGUGUACGUGCGUGCCGAGCAAAAGAAACAAGAUAAGCUGAAAAGAAGCAGCAGAUGAGGAAAAGUAUCUCGUCUCUAUUUAAAAAUGUGUGUCAGUGUAUUGUGCGACAGCCGAGGCAGCGACAAAAAUAAUAAAUAAUAGCUCCCGCGGCUGCUGCUGCUUCUGAAAACAGUUUGGCGUCUUUGCGGUCUUUUAAUUGUGUCGUGCCAUUGUUUUAUAAUUUUCCCAUCAUCAUUCAAGACGCGUUCUGUGCCGAAUAACAGCGAAUUGCCAACAACAACGCCCCGUUUUUUGCCAAGGAAGUUGCUUGGUUCUCUAUCUGCCUCUCUGUCUGGCCCACGCACUAUGACCGCUCCGGCUAUUGGAAUAGUUGAUGUUGCUGCUGGCGUAAAGUGAUCUAGCCUCCGAGAUCAUGUCGGAAAGGGUGAGCACAUCCUUGGCGGCCCAACUGCAUUCCCAUGCAAUGGCAUCGGCGGAGAGUGGAGCUGCAGGAGCAGCCGCUUGCCAUACCAGCACGGUUGUAAAGGAUUCGCAAGCUCCACCGCUACAGUUCGAAAUGGAUGCUCCGGCAGCCGCGAUCAGUGCGCAUCUGAAUUUCAAGAUUGUCCCCGCCGAUAGUUUGCCUGGACUGAACUAUCAGGACAUGUUCGCUUCCAUGAACACAUCACAAAUCUCUAACGCUUCCACGGAGUCCAGCUGUAGUCCGCCCACGCAGGUCGUGGUUCCACCUCCGAAGCCCAGCCGACACAUGAGUGUGCAGCCGUUGAAUAGCAAAUCCUGUCGCUUUCCCAAACUGGAGGAGUGUGCCCACUUUCAUUACGAACGCGUACAACUGGGGCCUCUGUCUGUGCAGUUGCUGGAUGACAAGUCCGAGCAUUUGGGUAGCAGCAUCGCCUCGCAAUCAAUUGGAGGCGAUUUGCCACACAGCUCCCUGCGUAGCUUCUCGCCGGAGAGCUGCUGGUUCAUCAUUCGCGUUAGCCCACAGCGCUGCGAAGCGUUCCUGAUCAAGCGCAGCUUUGAGAACAUGCAGCUCCUGGACGAAAUGCUCCAUCGCUGUGUGUACGAUCGUAAGAUCAGUGGCCUACGUAAUAUGGAGGAGCUGGCGGCGGAGCUGCCCAGUGAAUCGGAUGUGGAAUAUGCGGUGGCCAAGUACCUCGAACGUUUCUCAAAGAUUGCUUCAGACUCAUUGACCUGUGGCACCAUUCUGACAUGGCUGCAAUUGGACAACAAGGGCAGACGCCUACCGUUGGCUGAUGGCGAGACGCAACGGACAAUCAAUACACCGGCGGUAGGUGCCGCAUAUGGUGUUCGUCGCUAUCAGGCUCAGGCUCCCGAUGAAAUCAACAUUGAGGUGGGCGACAUGAUAUCAGUGAUUGAUAUGCCCAGUCCAGCGGAGUCGAUUUGGUGGCGCGGAAAGAAGUCACAUCUGCAAAAGUCCCUUUACGAAGUCGGGUUUUUUCCACAAUCUUGUGUGGCUACCAUCGGCGACAAGGUACCAAGGAACUUUCCUAUGCCGGCUCCUCUAGUUGGUCACCUGGAUGCCUCGCCCACUAAGCCGGUGCUGCGGAAGCACGGCAAGUUGAUAGCCUUCUUCCGUUCCUUCAUACUUUCGCGACCAUCACGACGACGACUAAAGCAGAGCGGCAUUUACCGCGAGCGUGUUUUCAACUGCGACUUGUCUGAACACCUUCUUAACAGCGGCCAGGACAUCCCAAUGGUUCUCCGCUCCUGUGCCGAGUUUAUCGAGAAUUAUGGCGUUAUUGAUGGCAUUUAUAGACUCUCUGGCAUCACCUCCAACAUUCAACGACUUCGACGUGCUUUCGACGAGGAGCGAGUGCCAGAUUUAGGAAAUCCAGAGAUGAAGCAGGACAUCCAUGCCGUCAGUUCGCUGCUAAAGAUGUAUUUCCGGGAGCUUCCGAAUCCUCUGUGCACUUACCAACUGUACGACAAUUUCGUCGAGGCCAUUCAGGUGAAGGCCGACGAGGCGGACGAGCGGUUGCGACUCAUGAAGGAGACGGUGCUUAAGUUGCCCCCACCUCACUACCGGACCCUAAAAUAUUUGGCUGAGCACCUGUACAAGGUGUCGCAGCAUCACGAGCGUACUGGGAUGACGGACAAGAACCUGGCAAUUGUGUGGGCCCCCAAUCUUCUGCGAUCACCGGCUCUGGAGUCGGGAGGCGUAGCCGCUCUACGGGGCGUUGGUGUGCAGGCUGUAGUCACUGAGUACCUGAUACGCAAUUGCCAUAACAUCUUCGAUCCCCUGGAGGAUCAUCCAGCGCGUCAUAGCUUGGUAGCGAACACUGCUGCCGCGGCGGUGGGUGGAGGAGAGCUGCGUCUGGAAUCGCUCACCGAUUGCGAGAGUCUGCUGGUCGAGCAACGAGAGCAAGAUCAAUCUUUGGGUGUCGUGGUGGAGCGACCGAAAAGCCUCAGCACGGGCGGAGCGAAGUUGAUCAGUUUGGAGGAGGCCCAAGAGCGGCACUCUCGCAUCGACGGUGGCGACCUCAAGCAGUCCCUGCCUAUCAGCAUGUUGGCCAGCGGGAAUGCAGGAAAUGCUGCCACAAACAUCGGCUCCUAUAUUGAAGUGGGCGGAGGCCCAUCUAGCCUUCCUGACAAAUACCACACCGUGCUAUCGGCGCCACCCAGCUGGCAAAAGCGCAAGCCAGAAUCCAGUAAGACUACGUCCUGGAAGUCGCUAUUUACGCGCGGCCAGCGCCAAGGUAAUCCCGAUCCAGGCCAAAAAACGUGCGAUGAUUCAGCUAAGGACUCGGUUACCGCGUCUCGAGUCAGCUUUGUAAAGGCCGCACAUGCACAUGCUAGCAAGGAGUUAACGAAACACGAUAAACCCAAGUCCAUCGAGCUACUGGAGACAACGACCAACGAACGUGACCCGAAACCGAUGGAUCUCUGCAUUCGUUCGAACUCAAUUGACAGCCUGCGUACUGUGGGCCAUUCGCGUAGCGUGUCACACGACUCCUACUUCGAUCUACUUCAGUCGCCGCAACGGGGCCAUAUGACAACCUGCCCGUCCCGUGAGCUUUCUGAGUUGGGACUAAAUUUCGAUCGUGAAGAACCCGAGAUGCGCAUCUUUUCGGAGAGCGAGUCCUUGGUGAGUUCACCGCGUGUGGGGAAGGAGAACGUGCCACCUGCUUCGGGCUGCGCCACCCGACGCAUAAUGCGGGCUCGUCCCGAAGAUUUCUCCAGUCAGACGAACAGUGUCAACCCCAGUCCCAAAAAGCAGCCGCGUCUGAAUCUACUUUCACCCAGCUCGGCCAGGACCAUGCCCCCACCACCUCCUCCAGCCGUGGGUGCGAGUGCAAGUGCAGCUGUGUCUUCCUGUGGCCACGAGCCAGCUGGAGCGGAGAACUGCUGCAAGCGCUACAAGCUGGAGGAUCAGCUCUGCGACAUACAAUUUAUUGACUGCGGUACUCCUGAAAGCGUGCCAACUACACAGCAGCAGUUCGCCAGUGUCGAAGUUCAUCCGCCGCCCAAGCCAGCAAGGGCAGCCCAAUCGCCCACAACGCCGCCGUCAAUGGUUACCUCGGGUUGCUCCUCCUCAUCCUCGACCCGCUAUAGCUAUCCAACUGUACAGUCGGCGGCCAAGCGGAAGGAUCAGUUGGCGGCGAAGGAGCGUUUCAGUUACCAGGGCACCUUUCCGCAGCCAGGACAAAAGCAGGAGCCCCAACCUUCUCCACGACCAAUGCAAACUAACAGCAACACCGUUCCCCUACGCAAGCCACGAGUGGAGCCUUCACUUAAUGACUGUGCUCAGACAAAGCUGUCUGUCCCCACGCCAACCACUCCUGCCCACAGUCCUCGGUACUCUCUUCUGUUGUGCGACACCGAAAGCUCCGAAAACAGUUCAGCUGUAAACACUCCGCAGUACGACAUGGAUCCUUUGAUGGUCACUUCGGCCAUGUCUGGUGUGUCGGGCGUUUCAUCGAACAUGCAGCAGCAGCAACAGUUACUUCUUGGAGUUGAUGCAGCUAGCAGUUACCUAGGAAGCUCGCACGAGAGUCUUGGACAACAGUUCAACAACCUUCAAGAUGUGGAACAUCGUGAUAUGCAUGCUCUUAAACGAGAGCUAUCUCUUGACCUUCAACCUAUCCAGUCACGUUUGCCGCCGCAGAAGAAUCGGGCUGCCACAUUGCCACUAAAGGAGCAACUGCAGGCGGCGGCGGUUUCCCCCAACACUUCAAACUUCACAGACAACACUAGUCAGUCGGUGACGCCCAGCGAGUUUGGCUACCAACACCUGCAGCGCCACCCGAGCAUGCACUCGCUGCUGGCCACCGAUGAGAGCUCGCCGGUAUAUGAGGAUUUCGAACAGCAGACAACUGUCAAGCUGCCAGUGGCCACCAGUCCCAUCAAGUCUACCAUUAGCAUCACAUACAAGUCGCCGGAGAAGGAGAAGAAGCCAUUACUUCUGCUGGAGACCAACUUUGACGAGAAUAUUGUGUAUGAGCAGGUGAAGCUAUUCCGUAACUCGGUCACCGAGGUGAAUCAGAUGCUUCACGAGAGAACUAGCCUCAAGCAGAUAGAUGAGGAGGAGCAGCCGCAGGAUGGCGGGGCCUUCAAAGCAGCCGAGAUGACACACCAAUUGUUGCAACUGGAACAGAACCACCAGCAACAGCACCAGCACCAGCUCUUACCGGAUGUCGAUGAUGAAGAGCAAUCCCAUUUGCUCUAUGAAAACAUUGAGCUGCGUAAGCCCCAAACAGUUUACGAAAACCUACGUGGCGAGGAAAUGAAAUUCAAUAUUCAAAACAUAGAAAAGUCAAGCAGUGAUAGAAUUGAACUCGAUAGCCUGGACAGCUUACCGGAUAAUAUGGAGCACGAGCACGAACUAGAGCUGACGCCUUGCAGCAAGUCACCGUCGUUCAGCGUUAAAGAGUUGGCCAAUAAAUUUGAGAGCUCUCCUGUGGAGCAACUACCCAGCUUUGAUUUCUCUGUGCGUGGCGGCUCUAUGAAGAAGCCUAAUGAACUAAGUGUUCCCAAGGCGAUGCCCCCCGCACCGGUUCCUCUCAAGAAACUGAAUAGCAAUGCCCAGCAGAAGAUUACCCGUUCGCUGGAUGAGAACGCCUUUGUUCGUGAGUUUGGCGGCAAGCAUCUACAGGAUCUAUCCAUUUCAGGAAAGCUGCUUCCAGAGACUCCGAUGUCCGACACUGUCAACAGCCGUCGCAAGAGCUUCGACUUUACGCGUCCAAAAAUGCUAAACCCCCCGAAGCGGUUGCCAGGCAUGAGCAUCACAGAGGAGAUUUGUCAGAAGCGAGGAAUUGAACCGGAGGAGAUAACACCGACUACAGAGAAUCGCAUCUCUCUAAUCCAGCUAAAUAAUGGGCCCAAGGAACAACAGCAGCAGUUCCUGCCACCUGCUGGCCGCAAGAGCGUGCUCACUGGAGUCAUUCUGGAUCGCGAACGCAUCGACAAGAUCAAGGAGGAACGUCGCCUCCAGUUGACGCAAAAAUAUUAUGGCGAUACACUGAAAUCUCGCUCGCGAACUGAACUAAAUGCGGAGGAUGGCAACUGUCAGCCGGUGACAGAGUCCCUUCGCAUCAAAUCCAAGUCCCGCGGCGACAUGAGUGCCUUGCAAAAUGAUAUGGACAUGAAUCUGAAGCCGAUGACUCGCGUAGCUGGUGGUGGGUCCGAGAAUACCUUGCACCAGGGUAACGGACAGGAGUUGGGACAGCAGCGGAUGCGCCGCAUUUCCGACGAGAAAAAUCAAAAUUGUGAUACCAGCAGCAAUGGUGGAGUGACCGCUACAUCGAUGCUAAGUGUAAAGACGACGGCGAAGAACUUUGGCAGCACUGCCAAGCAAGCGCCAUCGAAUAAGUUCGAGCAGCGUGGACACCCCGCGUUGCCCCGCGAGCGACUGCAGCGAAACUCCAUGGCUGAGAGCAGUCCCGGCGGUACCAACAACAGAGAAAGGAUCUCACCACAAUUUUCAAUACGCGACGUGACAGCGAUGUUCGAAUCUCGUUCACAAAACCAAUAGGCGUCUAAGGCAACUUUAGCAACUAAUUACAUCGAAACAAUAAGACCGCUACAUAUAAUCACAGUGCUCUGGAGCAGGAGCGUUAUAUUUGCUUAUAAAACAAGCCUAUAUAUAUUUUAUUUAGUUUUUAAACAUUUACUUAAGCAACUAACUGAAGCUAUCGAUAUAGUUCUUCAUAUAUCCGGCGCAAUCGGCUCCAAAGACAUUCAGAAAUUAUAACGCCGUGCUUGAUUUUAACAGCAGUAAUAAUAAUGAUGAUAUUAAUGAUACUAAAAAUAAUUCUAAACCCAAAAUAAUUUGCAAAAUGCAAUUUUAUUUGGAAGAAGCAUGAGGAGGCGAGUUUAACUAAAAGACCGACGAGCCCCUCGAUUCUAGGCUUGCUAAUUGUUCAUGCAUUUUAGACAUUUAUUUUUACAUAGGUGUUAAGUUUCAUUCGAUUAAUCUUGGAAGAAUAAAACUCCAACUCGACAUGUUUGAAUUUAA